CCGUUGGCUCCCUUGCCUGCUCAAGAACCAGUCUUGUGGCUCGGCGAGGUGGCGCUGCCCGGCGAGGAAGAAGCCGCGAGCACCUUUUGGUACAAAUUCCUCAGGCGGCUCGAGACAGGAGACACCGUCUGGGAAGGACAGGUGCCCAAGUAAGCGAUGAACGGCCGUUCUCCUCCAUUCCCAGCUCCUUUAGUGCAAGCUGACAAGAAAGGGUUUAUGACAGUUCACCACGGCCGACUCACCGCAGCUAACUCUCCACCGCCAACUGGCCACGGCCAACCCGCUGCAGGACAACUUGCCACGGCCAUCUCGCCACAGGACAAACACGCUGCGGGACAAGAGAGUUAUCCAAGAAACGGAGGAAUAGGAAUCACGAAAGAAAGGAUGCAAAAGGAGGGACAGAAUGAAAUGCGAAUGGCAAACAGGAAAAUAUUUUAUUUUAUUUAUUUUAAAUAAUUAAAUAGAAUUUUAAAUUAACCCCUAGUGAAUUGUCCUGUGGCGAAUUGGCUGUGGUGAGUUGGCCCCAGCAAGUUGGCCUGUGGUUAAGUUGUCCCGUUCCCGACAAGAAAUAGGCAAAGGUGAAUUUGGGAGUUUGGAAGUGCGCGAAAGAGAAAGCUUGCAAAAGAGAAAAAGUCUACUUCUGUCUUUUGCACAGCUUCUCGGGGGGCACUGAAGUAGGAAAAAUGGAGAUGACGGUGCUGCCUAGAGAAAAAAAAACACAGCUGCUUUCCUUGCUACUCGUGGCCUCUUUGAAGAAGCUGGUGGUGAGGCCCAGAGAAGUUAUAAUAGGAAGAGUCGCUGCUACCCUGUAUUGACAGGUAAUGGACCCCAUCAUGAUCGAACCAGCGUUUAUAACCCAUGCAAUUUAGUUGAUGGAGUUUACUGCCUCCCAAUAGGACACUGGAUUGAAGUUUCUGGGCAUACAGAUGAAAUGAAACAUACAACUGAUUUCUAUUUUAAUAUUGCUGGACAUCAAGCUAUUCACUGCUCCAGGAUUUUGCCAAAUCUGUGGUUAGGAAGUUGCCCUCGUCAAGUGGAACAUGUGACUGUCAAACUUAAACAUGAGUUGGGCAUUACAGCUAUAAUGAACUUCCAGACUGAAUGGGAUGUGGUUCAGAAUUCCUGGGGAUGCAACCGCUAUCCAGAACCAAUGAGCCCAGAGGUUCUCAUGAAGUUGUACAAAGAAGAAGGUCUUGCUUAUGUCUGGAUGCCAACACCAGACAUGAGCACUGAAGGAAGAGUCCAGAUGCUGCCUCAGGCUGUCCAUCUCCUGCACGGACUUCUGGAGAAUGGGCACACUGUCUAUGUUCACUGUAACGCAGGUGUUGGUAGGUCCACCGCUGCAAUUUGUGGCUGGUUAAAAUAUGUACUGGGAUGGAAUUUGAGAAAAGUGCAGUACUUUGUAGCCUCCAGAAGAGCAGCCAUCUACAUUGAUGAAGAAGCACUGGUCCGUGCCGAGGAGGAUUUCUUCCAGAAAUUUGGGCCGCUACGUUCCUCAUUCAAGCCAUAGUAGCAGCAGCAGCAGAAGAAGAAAUUGCUAGCAGCAUAGUCAGCGUCAGACUUCUCAGAAAUCAUGACCUUAACUCAGUGGUGGGUUUCAAUUUCUUUUACUACCAGUUCUGUGGACGUGGCUUGGUGGGCGUGGCAGGGGAAGGAUACUGUAAAAUCUCUAUUCUCACCCACUUCAGGGGAAGGUUACUGCAAAAUCCCCAUUUCCUCUCGAAUAGCUGGGAGGCAGAGAAUAAAUAGGGGCAGGGCCAGUCAGAAUUUUUACUACCGGUUCUCCGAACUACUCAAAAUUUCCGCUACCGGUUCUCCAGAACUGGUCAGAACCUGCUGAAACCCAGCUCUGCCUUAACUCCAAAAAUGCUACCAUUGCCUGAGGAAAUAGUAAGAUGAAAACGUGAGUGAAUGUGCAUGUAGCAGUCAGGAUACAUAAUUAUUAUGUAGCAGUUUUAGAGAAGGAGAAUUCACAUUGAUUGAUAUUUGAGAGGGGGACUAAUUCUAAUUUGCCCACCCAUGCAUGCCUCAGCACUUGGCAUAGCCUGAGUUAGAUAGCUAAGUACGGUCAGGCCCUCGUAGUACUUUGAUGAAAGACCUGUGGGGAAUAUGGUCAAAAGGUGGUAGCCCACCAUUUCCAUACUGUUGCCAAGAAAACGACAAGGACUGCCUGAAGUCAAGUUCAUGUUACUGGCUUUCCCAAGCAUUAUUGUUAUUUUUUUAACAGAGCUGGACAUAUGCAAACACAACUCUGGGAGCUAGACCAGAAAGGAAACUGCAGGUUUAGUCCCUAUGCAUGGAUUAUCUGGUUAUGGCUAAGCGCAUGAAACUUGGUAAACCUCGUAGCCCAGACAGCAGAUUUCAUAGAGAUAUGCAAUGCCUCCAAUGCAGAUUUUAGAAUCUAGAUUUGUUAUAAGCCUUAGCUUGGCUAACCUUUGGAAGCUGGGCGUGAUAGGAGUUGUAGCACAACAGUUGUGUAAAAGAAAAGAAGCAACCCUGUCAUACUUCACAGCGUGGGAGGAGAGCUAUGAUAAUCCAAAAAUCAGAAGGGUUUUGGUAUUACAUUUUCCAUUUAACAAAUUUUAUUCAAAGGUAUAGGUUUGGCAAAUUGAAUUAUAUUUUACAUUUGUUAUUAGGGAACUUGUAAUCUGUCUUACAUGUAUCCUCUAUCUGCAUACUUAACCUGUCUUCCCUUCCUUCCCUCCUCUGACCUCACCCCCAAUUUAAAUCCUGCAUCAGAUUAGCCUUUCUGUGCCUUUGAUGAAGUGAGCUGCAACUCAUGAGAGCUUAUGCCCUUUUAUAAAAUUUAUUUGUCAGAAAACUCCUCCUAAUUGUAUGCUUCACAGUAGAAGCUGUCACUAAAAUAAUAAAUCAUAAAUGUUUUUUUCUCAUAUAUCCACAUGCACAGGUUUGAUAUAUAUAUCCACAUGCACAGGUGCCCUAUAGGCCUAACCAAAGACCUUGGUUUAUCGCUUAGGUCAAGUUUUGUUCUGGUUGCUUGAAGUUAGACUUAUCCAGGCAGCCCUUCCCAAAUGUCUAUCUACUGUAGUUAGUCAGUAUAUGUUGCUUCUUAAUUUUGGUAUUUUCCAAGCUGCCAGAAUUUAGUCAUAUACUAAAGUAGGUUAUUGGAUGGAGAAUCUUCAAUACUUUAAUGUUAAAGGUGUUGGUGUCAGUACAGUAAACUAUUGUAAUCCAGGUGACAAAUUAAGUAUGUGCAGGAUCAAAGGCUAUAAUGGUUUAAAAAGAUGAUUAUUAAUCAAUGUGAAUUAAAUGGAAAAUAGUUCAACUCGGACAAGAAUAUCUAUGUGCAUUGUGCAACGAUCUUGAUAAAUUUGUGAAAUUUCAACUGGAAUAAUUGCUAGUUGCUACCAUUACAUCUGGAAGACUGCUUAGUUGCCCAAAAUCACCUUACACAGAAGAUGUCAUAAAAAUUUAAUAAAUAAAUAGUGCAGCUGGGAGGAAAAUCCAGAAGCAUCACAUGGUUUAAUGUAUGAUAGCUUGUAGAAGGACAAUUCUUCCAUAUAAAUAUUUUUUGUUUAUUAACUAUCCAUGCAUUGAUUUGUUUAAAAAUAUGUAUUUUAUUCUUUAUUUUUUGUAAAAGUCAUCUUGUAUGCAAAAAUAGCACUGAAUAUGUUUUUAGCUGCAUAUUUGACUUUAUUUCUGAAUUUGGAUGUUGAAUGUGCAAUUAAAUAUUUGAAACACACAAUAUUGACAAUGAACAAAUUCUUCUGUUGGACGUCAAAAUCUGUACGAGAAUGACUUGCAGAUCUUAUGCCGUAUUUGAAUUAUAAUAAUUUAAGUAAGGGAUAACAUAAAUAAGGGAUUAAAAGUAUUUGCUGAUAAAAUGUUCUUGAUAAUGAAUGGAGAAUAAUUUUGACAAUAUGAAGGCUCCAUGUGGUCUAUUCAGUUUAAUUAGGUUUGUGUGUCACAGGACAAAUUAUAAGGCCAAAUGAAAGCCAAUUUAUGCUAACCUGUAGCAAAUUCACAACACAGAAACUUCAUCUAUAAGUUUCUAUGAAUCCAACUUAACUGUUCUGUCAUCUCUUCACAAUUGCUAGCAUAUAUUUAGUCACUGUAUAAAAAUGAAAACAAUCCUGAAGAGGACACAAGAUUGACUGAUAUCAGCGGGAUCUGAAUGUGACACAUUGUAUCUGAAUUCAUAUACAUAUAUUAAUAUGACUAUUCAUAUUCCAGACACAUAUUAAAAGUGGCUGGGUUUUUUUUAAUGUCUGAAUAACAGGAUUGGAGAAGAUUAACCAUUAAAUGAAUUUAGCAAGAGACAUGCAAAUAAUAACAGUAUAUAUUCUAUCAAGCCAAUUAUCAACAAAAAGUGAUUGUUUCAAAAUAUUUAUAAAAUAUUUAACUUUUCCCCAGUGCAUAAUUACACAAUAGCCUGGAAUUUAGUACUUUAUCUAUUAAAAAUCCAAUUUAAAAGAAGUUAAUCUGUCGGAUAGAUCAUUAAUGAUCACCAUACAAAAUCCGAUUAUAUUAUUUAACUAAAAGGAUGAAUACAUUUAUAUAUCAUCUCGUCAAUCCAAAGAUGCUAAUACAUGUUUGGAAGGAAAAUUCUCUUAAAUUGAGGAGCCAUUAGAUAAACUACAAAUAUACGGAGGAGGCUGGCAUAUCCAUUCAAAGAGGUUUGUCAAAAGUAGUAAUUACAACCCAAAUUUUAAAUGAAGAACUUUGUGAAGUCAAACAAUUCAAAAAGCCAGAAUCAUCAUUUUCAUCAUAGCAGCAGCAGCAGUAACAUGAUCUAUAUUUGGAAAAUGAUGGAAUUCAGAUAGAAUAGCCCUCCAGUUGAAAGAUAAUCAAUUGGGAUAGAGAUGGUGGCUAGUGAAAUCUAAAAAAUAUGUAAAUAUUUAGAACCAAUUGUUCAGAAGUUGUUGAAUGCUGACUAAAUGUGUUAUAAAUAAAAAAAUUACAAGAGUUACAAGUUAAUUUACUAGUUGAUGUGUAUAAACUUCUGGAGCGUUUCGGUAAGUUCUGUUACUUGCUGACCACAAGAAUCUUGCAAAGAAGUACAGUAUGUUAACCUCUAUUUUUUUUCAGUUAACUGUACUUUUG